GGUGGCGGUAAUUGCCAACUUUCAUAAAACACCGAACGAAGAAGAAGAAAAACAAGCUCGACGGACGAGAGAGGCGGGAGGAGGCUCGAUCCUGCUUCAGCAAAUCUUGCUGAAUUUGGACCGAAUGUUGCGAAUCCUCGACGCGGGAGGCCCCCGAUCACGACUGUAGUGGACUAAAACAUCAUUCGUGCAAUCUUCGUGUCCGGUUGGAGCAGUCUCGUGCACGUCGACGCUUCUCGGCCUAGCUUAGUUUAGCACAUCUUGCUAACAAAAGAGACGUUUGUGAUCACCAACACUUCGCUAAGCAGAGCUCAAGCGUGAGCAGAAACUGUUGUGAUCAGCACGUGAAAAUGUCUGCAAGAAGGACAGCGGAGUACGAGGAGGAACUUUGUGGACCAAAAGAGGAGAAGGAGCCACGUCAAUUACUGGACGCUGUGUUCAGUCUGCAGCCUCAAAUUGUGCUACGCACGGCAGACAUCACUGAAGUUCUUCAGGCUGAGCGUGAGGUGCUAGAGCCCCCUCACAUUAAAGAGGAAGUGGGGGAUGAAGAGGUCCACCGCAUCAAAGAGGAGCCCAUUUCAGUUAAAAAAGAGGAGGAAGAAACGAGCCCCCACAUCAAACGGGAAAAGGAGGAGGAUAUCACCAAGUUUCCAUCAACUGGUGUCCCUUUGAAGAGUGAAUAUGAAGGUCAAAGUGAGGAAAGCAGAGGGACGGAGCCUCCAAGCAGCAGGUCAACUCAACACAUGACAACAGAAGAUAUCAGUGAGGAUCUUCGUCCUGAAAAGCAGGAGCCAGAGCCCACUCCCAUUAAAGAGGAAGUGGAGAACAAAGAGGUCCCCCACAUCAAAGAGGAAGAGGAAUUGGAGCCCAUUUCCAUUAAAAAAGAGGAGGAGGAAGAGCGCCCUCACAUAAAACAGGAAAAGGAGGAGGAGGAUAUCACCAAGUUUCUAUUGACUGAUAACGCUUUGAAGAGAGAAAAUGAAGGUCAAAGUGAGGAGAGCAGAAGAGGGGCGGAGCCUCCAAGCAGCAACAGCAGCUCAAGUCAACACAUGGCAACAGAAGGUGAUGGAGACCACUGUGGAGGCUCACAAGCAGACAGGCUCUUAGCUCCGCUAUCAGAUAGUGACAAUGCAACGUCACACUCUCCUCACAUUCAUGAUGAUGAUAAACAGCCUGAAGGUGAUUUGACAUGUCGCACUGACAACAAACGAUGGAAAUGUUCUCAGUGUGGGAAAACAUUUGCCGAUAAGAGCAAAUUGAAACAACACAUGAGAACGCAUACUUGUGAGAAGCCCUUUUCCUGCUCAGAUUGUGACCAAAGAUUCUCAAAAAACGAACACUUAAAAAUACAUACAAGAACGCAUAGUGGUGGGAAAUGUUUUUCCUGCUCAGACUGUGCACAAAUAUUCUCCUCUAAGGGACAAUUAAAAAAACACACAAGAACCCACACUGGUGAGAAACCUUUUUCCUGUUCAGUUUGCAGUAAAAGAUUCACUCAGAAGGGACAUUUAAAAAUACAUACAAGAACCCACACUGGUGAGAAACCUUUUUCCUGCUCAGUUUGUGGUCAAAGAUUUUCUCAGAAGACCACCUUAAAAAUACAUACAAGAACCCACACUGGUGAGAAACCUUUUUCCUGCUCAGUUUGCAGUAAAAGAUUCACUCAGAUGGGACAUUUAAAAAUACACACAAGAACCCACACUGGUGAGAAACCUUUUUCCUGCUCAAUUUGCAGUCAAAGAUUCACUCAGAAGGGAUAUUUAAAAAUACACACAAGAACCCACACUGGUGAGAAACCUUUUUCCUGCUCAGUUUGUGCCCAAAGAUUUUCUCACAAGAGAACCUUAACAAUACACACAAGAACACACGCUGUUGAGAAACCUUUUUCCUGCUCAGUUUGCAGUUAAAGAUUCACUCAGAAGGGACAUUUAAAAAAUAUACACAAGAACCCACAAUGGUGGAAAACCCGUUUCCUGCUCAGUUUGUAGUCAAAGAUUCCCUGAUAAGGCUCGGACUAAGACACAUAAGUGUGCUGGUGAGAAUAGCCGUGACCAAGAAGCUAUCAAUGAAAAUGUAAAUGUUUAAUAUCAAAAGUAAUUACUAUGUUACAGACUUACAAAAAUCUAAAUUCUUGUAUUAUGUGUGCCAUCUUUUAUUUUAUCCAUCUUCUUCUUGUCCAUAUAUUGUGUUAAGAUUUUGCACUGGUGCCAAAUACUUUAAAGGAACUAGUUAAUGGGGAGACCAUAGGCAGUUAUUCUGUAGUUCAGGACUUACAAAUGAUGUCUGCAGAAAAGAAGCCCUCCAAAAUAGCCUCAGUUGUGAUGAUGGGCUCGUUUUCUGAUGAAAUAUAUAUUUUUCAGCCAGAUUUUGGCCCUCCCACAUUUUGGACAGUCAGCCUGUUACAGCCUGACACGUAGCGAUCAGGAGCCGAUUACCUUUCCUAACUGGACUUCUCUGUGUUCUGUGGUGUCAUUUUGGCCCAUAUUGAAAGUCUGGAUGUCGUUUUCUGGACAAUAAGUUAAAAUAGUGAAAGUGAAAUAUGUUGGAGGACCGUUGAAAUGCGUCCUUGAGGAAAGAAAGAUCGGAUGACCCGUGAUGAGGCUCUCCCUGCCAAACGCGUUACGUCGCUUAAUGUUCAGAAACUUCAGUUGAUCGGAUCUCAUCUGAUCCAUUAAAUCGAAAAUAUCGGGCUGAUCGUUGUAAUAUUUCCAGAGGUAGAAACUGCCCUGAGUAGAGAUGUCCGCAUAAAUUUAUGUGAUUGUUGUCAGUUGGGGACAUUAAGCCAUGUUUCUUGGGUGCAUGCAUGAGGCUUGCAAGGUGAGUUUAAUUUUCAUUAGUAUAAAAUACAGUGAAAUAUGGACCAUUAAGAGCCAUACAUCCUCCAAGCAAGGCAUUAAUUUUGGCCAAUGUUUUAGUGAUGUCGAUAUCAAGUAAGUGAAGAUUGUUUGAACUACACUGUAAAGAAACUUUACAUUUUUGGCGGUCAACUGUAAAGUGUAUAUGUG